CUACGCUACGGUGCAUUAGCGUCAAUAAGCAAGUAAUAGUAAAAUAUUCCUACAAAGUUUAGUGAUUUUCAGUUUCCAACGUGGUGAGGUUUGGAUGCAUGUUAUCGUAGAUACUAUGGAAACCAAUAGUGAAAGGAUAAGGAAACGUGCCGAAACAGCACUGGCAAUAGCGAAAGAUUUUAUAUUGGACGAAGAGGAUGAAGAUGUAGAAGAUGAGAACGAAGCCGAGGAUUACCAUUCCGAUGUUCCACAGAACGACGGAAUUGAUGACACAUUGGAAGAAGGUGCAACAAAUUACAGAGAUCAAGAACAACUGCCUGACGCGAAAAUAGAUACGGAAGAAAAGACGCAUUGCAAAGAUGAAGAAACGUUACAAGAAAAGAAAAAAUGGCUUAGCACAUUAGCUGGUAUUAUAAUCCGUCCUUUAGGUGCCAGAUUCAAAUGGAAUCUAAAUUUUAAUCUAGAUAUACAGGCAUCCAAUAAAAAGGGAAAUCCAGUAAAAAAGAAACCUACAGAUUCUAAAUGCAACAACGACUCGACAAUCCCAAAUUCCACAUCCCAAACAACCCCAGUUGUGACUAAGGAUAAACAGGUAGCAAUUGACGAUGCUGCAAAAAUAGAAAAUUUGACCAAAGAAAUCUCUCGCCUUGUGAAAUUAGCGGACGUUUUCCUGGAUGAGUGCAUCAAGUUGAAAAAUAAAAAUGAUCUAUUGUCUGAGGAUGUAAAUCGUUUGCAAGCAGCUGAAUAUGAUCUUCAACGUUCAAGGGAAGAAUUAAUUGAACAAAAGCAAGAUUUUGAAAAAAAAUGUUUGGAGCUUGUCUCUGAAUCAGAACUACAUAUUGCAGAAAUUAAGAGACUCGAAACAGCUCUGAGAGCGACUGAUGCAGAGUUAUCGAAGAUAAAGAAUAUUUCUGAAAAAAGGAACAUGGAGUUUCAACACAUGGAGCAAGAUCAAAAACUAUUGACAUCAAAGUGCGAUGUGUUAGCCUCAGAGCUGACAAUGAGCAAGCAGGAACAUAGUCGUGUAUUGGCAGAUUUGCAGCAGCAAUUACACAAUAUGGAGAAUGAGAAAUUCAUGAUGAUAAACAAACAUUCGUGCGUUAUAGCAGAGAUUAUAAAAGAGAAAAAUGAGACCGAACAAAAACGAGCCACAGCUGAAGUAGAAAUUCGCACACUGCGCCAAAGGACGGAGGAAUUACAAAGGGAAACGGUGGAAGGGCAAAUCAAGUCGAAGGCAUAUGAGCAAAAGAUACAGCAGCUUCAGCGUGCAAUUUCGGUUAUCGAAUCGAAUCAAUCUUCGAAUACUACUAGAGAAAAUAGCAAUCUUUCCUUGUCAUGCCCUAUUUGUGGAGAGAUUUUUGAAUUUCUUGCGGACAUGCAACUACACGUAGAAGAUUGCAACAAUUAAAAUAUGUCGCUUUAAAUAAACUCACCAUUAUCCCUGGAUUCGACCGUGGCGCCUCGUAACACAUCUAUCGAUCAAACGUCGUCAUAUUCAACCUAGUUUCUGUUUCAUCAGCGAUGAUCUUUAGUCACCAACUUCCGCGAAAUUUUCAACGGAAUCCAAACUGUUGCUUCCACUGGAUGAUUCGAACAACGUGACCAACCUUGAGCAUUUUAGAUCGGUGACGAUUACUAUCCAAACAGCCUUAAUGGAAGAUUGGUAGGAUGGAACUACAAUCUAUCAUUCUAACGACCCCCGUAAGCGGCAUUCGAGUGGAUUCGUGGUGCGUCUGGUCGGUGUGAAUGUCAACAGGAACUGAACUACUGGUAACCUAUCACCAAACAGUCUAGGAUACACUAAUGGAGGAUACAAUGAAGGAUACACUCAAGUUAGUCAAAACCUUUCGACGAAGUAAAACGGAAUUCGACGCGAAAAACUGAAAGACAUCGCCAGUCUAGGGAUAAUGGCCGGAAGUUACAGUGAUUUUUAGCUUCUCCUAUGACCUAUGGCUAUAACGAACAUUUCCGCAAAAAUAAUAAUAAUAAAACAAAAAACAAACAACAACAAACAAAUGAUUAAAUCACUUCAAUAGUUGAAUACUUCCACGAAGCAAGAAGAUUGCUUCGUUAGAUGCUAUUAUUUGAAGUAAAAAACUUUUGGUCAUGUUGUUAUGCUUUUAAACGAUGCAGUUGUCCUGAUGACGUGUGCAGUGUAUUUUUCCCAGUUUAUGAACAGAUCGCAGGUCCCGUUUUGUACACAGGUUACCAGCGUCUAAAGACUAGCGUGAUCAAAACAUUAUUCAAACUAUGAUUGUAUAAUGUUUUU